CGCCGGCACUCGGCAAGUCUGCGCAGACGACGACGAGAGGUGGGGAGCGAGAUGGAGGCGGCGCUGCGCGGGAUCAGGGCGAAGCUGACGGAGCACCGGGAGAAGGUGAUCAGCGCCCUGCUGCUGGGCUCGUUCGUGGUGCUGGGGUGGCGGUCGUCGGAGCAGCAGCGCGAGAUCGAGGACCUGUUGGCCGAGAAACGCUCCCUCCGAGCCACCAACGCCUCCAUGUCCGCCGCCAUGUGGGCCUGGCGGGAGGAGCUCUUCUCCCUCGCCGCCGCGCCCUCCUCCCCCAUCUCCCUGUCCCGGCUCCGCCACAUCUACGGCGAGGAGGAACCCGCACCGCCCGCGUCCAAGCUGCCAGGAUCAGAUGCUGGGGAGGAAUCGAUCUCCAUAGCCUGAACUCUUUCGCACUUUUCCAAUCGAGCGUGCCGUGUAUAGCAUGGCCGGCUUCCUGAAGGCUAGGAUGCUUUGUUAGAUAAUCAUGAAUAGUUCUGCACUGAAUUGCAAAUAACUUUUAUGGACCUAGCGUAAGGAACAGUGUGUCUCAGGUCUGGCUUUUCAAAGCUGUACUGCGGACUGACAUAAAGGAACAGUCAGUGUUGUAUUUGGGUGCUACUAAUAUGGUGAGCUUAAGGCUCUAGAUAUUUUGUGUACUUUUUUUUUGGAAUAGAUAUUUUGUGUACUUCAAAUGCUGUGCUUUAAGCAGAGUCGAGUGUCAGUCGACAAAGAAAUAAGCAACAAACCGUGCACGAUUUGAAA